AUGUCCAGACGCCCAUCUACUGAAAUGACUGAGAAACCAAUUAAUGAUCCUCCUAGUGCGGAUGUGCAGGAGAUCGAGGGCCCGGUAGACACCGAGCAUGUUGCCCCUGAGGAGGGAGAAUUCCACUUGUCUCAGCUGGAUAGAGUGGGUCUCCUGUUGGCCUGGACAUCUCAGCAACAAAUUCCGACUGUUGUCAAUCCGAUUCUUGGCCCCAUCAAUGCAGACGUCGGCCCGUCCGAGACUUUUACCUGGAUGGCCUCUUCUUACAAUAUGGCGGUGGCCAUUUCAUGGACCUUUGUGGGCCCGCUGUCUGACGCGCUUGGGAGGCGAUGGUUUUUCCUCGCUGGAGGGAUGCUCGGCCUCGUUGGCGCCAUCGUAGCUGGAACCGCAAAAUCAGUCAAUACCGUCAUUGUUGGCAUGACGUUUCUGGGUGUCGCAGCUGCCAGUCAACAGGUCUCGUCAGCUGCCACGGCGGAGAUCUUCCCAACCAAGUGGAGAGGUUAUGUUCAAGCGGGUAUUGAGGCACUUCCGUUCGCCUUCAACACCUUUGGCUCGCUCAUCGGAUACUCCAUGGUGCGAAAUGCUACAUGGCGCUGGGGCUAUUACGUCAAUAUCAUUGUGACUGCUGCCUCUGUCCUGCUUCUCUUCUUUUUCUACCAUCCUCCGGUACCGCAGAAGGAGUUGUCUCGUUUUGAAAUUCUCAAAACCAUCGACUUUGUCGGCUGCGGGCUAUUUAUCGCGGGACUUGGAGGGUUUCUGCUGGGGUUGACUUGGGCAGCCGGAUCAUAUCCCUGGAAGUCGGCCCCGGUAUUGGUUCCUAUGCUCGCAGGUGUGGGUUUCCUGGGCUUAUUUGGUCUUUGGGGUGAGCAAGAUUUGAUAAACGUGAGACUCCCAGAAAUGAAUCCGCAGCUUCCUAAUAUUUUUUACCUCUAUCAUAGAUUGCUCAACCUAACGAUAGUCGUUUUUAUGGGCUCUAUUCCACUCUACGCCAUGCUCAGUGGCUGGGCACAGGAAGUGACGAUCCUUUUUACACAGGAUCCUCUGAAGAUCGGCAUCUACGGCAUCCCUCAAGGCGUGGGACUCGAAUUUGGAGCAGUACUUGCAGGACUUCUUGUUAAAGCCGUUGGUCACAUGAAUAUCCAGUUGACAGCUUCGGCAUUUUUCACCACGCUGUUUGUCGCUCUCAUGGCUGUUUUGACACCCUACAAAAUCGAUCCUGCCUUCGCUUUUCUCCUGCUGGGCUGUACGGCCAUGAACUACCUCCAGGUUACUGCGAUGAUCAUGGCCCAGCUUGGAGUAGAGCACCGUGAUCUUGCAAAGGCCACGGGCAUCUUGAGCAUUGCUCGAAACGCCGGUGGUGCCAUUGCCGUCGCGAUGUUCUACUCAAUCCAGCGCUCGCGCGUCAACGCAGAUCUCCCGGGACGCGUUACCGCGGCUGUGGUACCACUGGGGCUUCCAGAGUCUUCCCUAUCACAGGUAAUACAGGGUGUCGCUUCUUUCAAUCAAACUUUGAUCAGUGAAGCGCCCGGGGUGACACCAGAUAUUGUUGAAGCCGCCGUCCUUGCUGGAAAGCUGGCAUACGCUUCUUCCUUCAGGUAA